AUGGAUUACACUUACGGAAGCGCUCCUGGCACAGGAGCACCUGCUGGCACCUCGAGCAAGAAAGAUAAGAACAAGACGCCCCAGGAGCUCGUCGGCGACUUCUGGGCAAAGUUCUUCGCCAAGAAGCCUGGCAAGGUCACGUCUAUCUUUCCCCGGAGCCUGUAUACCACUCUGCUUCCUCCGCUGAAGGAUCCCCGGGGUAGUUCAUCGGCCCGCAAUGCUGCUGAGAGCUAUGAGGCCGCGGCAAAAGAGUGCCGCGAGAAGGUCAGGCGUAUCGUGCGCGAGUGCAAUCGCACCAAUGAGAAAUUUACCGAUCCCGACUUUGAUAUCGAGGAGGAUCCUGACCACAACUGUCUCAAUGGGCUCGUUCGGACAGAAUACACGCCCAUUGAUAUAGGCGAUGAUGCCGCAUCGUAUGCCUCGGGUGCGGCUGCAGGGGCAAGGAAAGCCUCCGUCGCAAAGGCUAUUCCCAAAUCGAAGGCACGAGGUGUCAGGGCAGCCAAGUAUGGUGUCCGUGGAGAUGAAUGGUACAGCCCUGGUGCGAUCCAUCGUGUAGACUGGAUCUUCGACAACCCUCAGUUCACCAUCGAUGGCUAUUCUUCUUCGGACAUCCGGCAAGGCGCCAACGGCGACUGCUGGUGGCUAGCUGCUGUUGCAACUAUUGCACACCGUCGAGACAUCAUGGAUAAAAUAUGCGUCGCACGGGAUGAAGAAUGCGGAGUCUAUGGUUUCGUCUUCUACCGGGAUGGCGAGUGGAUCUCCACCGUCAUCGACGACAACCUAUAUCUAACGAGUGCGGACUUUGUUGAAGCAAAUGGAGAUGUCUACGACCCGCAGGGGAAGAAGGCACGCAAGUACAGGAUGUCAGAGCAGACGGGGAGCGAUGCCUUGUACUUCUCCAAGUGUGCGGACCAGAACGAAACCUGGCUGCCUCUGCUUGAGAAAGCUUAUGCAAAGAUCCACGGGGACAUGGAAGCAAUCAGCGGAGGCUGGUCCGGCGAGGCGGUGGAGGAUUUAUGCGGUGGCGUAACGACUACGGUUGCGACGAAGAGGGUGUUGAGGAAGGACAAACUUUGGCGGGAGCUGGCCAGCUCGGAUGGCGAGUUUGUAUUUGCGCUCUCAGCCAUUGGCACUUCGUUUUACACCCAAACCCAGUCCGGAUUAUUCAUGGGUCAUGCGUACUCGAUACUUAAAGCAACAGAAGAAGUUGGGGAGGAUGGCAAGAAAGUGCGGCUGGUCCAGAUCAGAAACCCUUGGGGCCAGAGAGAUGGGUAUCAAGGCUUGGGAGAGUGGAAUGGCCCAUGGAGUGAUGGUUCGUCUGAGUGGACGCCAUAUUGGAUGAAGAAGCUGAGCCACACAUUUGGGGAUGAUGGUGUGUUCUGGAUGUCAUAUGAGGACGUGCUCGAGGUGUUCAUGUUCAUGCACAGAACUCGCCUCUUUGAUGAGAAGUGGACCGUGGUCCAGCAGUGGACUAGUGUCAACAUAUCUUGGCUGACAGGCUAUCUCCAAACCAAGUUCUUGGUGGAGAUCAAGAAAUCUGGCAAAGUUGUCAUCGUUCUCACACAGGGGUUUGAGGGACAGUAUGAGUUUUCACUUCAUUUCGUUCUUCAGAAGGAGAACGGAGAGCCUGGAGAGCACAUCUGCCGCGUCCGCCCCGUUCACUCAUGGGAGAACCGAUCUGUGAGCUGCGAGGUUGAACUUGACCCAGGUCGAUAUGAAGUCCUGCCCAAGAUCACGGCUGUUCGCGAUGUGGACAAGCAACCUGUUGAGGAUAUAGUCAGGCACUGGGCUGAGAAGAACCCACAGAAGCUCAGACAGGUCGGAAUGCAGUACGAUCUCGCCCACGCCAAAGGCGGAGUGCCCGAUGAGGACGACUUGCUUGAGAAAAGGAGAGCCGAAGAGAAGAGAAAACGUGAUCUCAAGAAGAAGAAGGAGAAAGAAGAGGCCAAACGAGCAGAAGAACAAGCUAAGCUGGACGUUGUGCCACCACCUCCGCCGCCGCCCUCAGGCCCAGAAGUCAACGGAGACAAAGCGGGAGGUGAGUCUAGCGAGACUAAAGCUGAGGCUGUAGGUGAUAAGAAGGACGAAGCUGCAAAAGACGGCGAAAAGGAGGAGUUUCAAGACGCGAGCGAGAACCCGCCUACCACAGACGACAAAGCCACGACAGAAAAGACUACUGAGGCUAAGGAGGAGAAGACUGGCGCAGCUCCGAAGGCCGAAAUUCCUCUUCCCGGCUCCGAGAAGAAGGACGAGGCCGAUGAGAAGAAGAAAGAUGGUGAAGACGACAAGAAGAAAGACGGCGAAGACGAUAAGAAGGAUGAUAAAAAGGAUGACAAGAAGGACGGUGAGGCUGACGGAGACGAGUCGGAGCAAGAGGAAACGGCAGAUGAUGACGGUGAUGAUUCGAUCCACCCAUGGAAUGCGGUCUGUGUGAUGGGCUUACGAGUAUAUGCUCGAGACCCCGAUGUGACCAUUACCUUGGUGAAGCCCAAGGAUCCAGAGGAGGCUGCAAGCCUGGCCGUUGAUGCUACGCCGGCAGGGGCAACCAUGUAA